AUGGCCACUGAUCUCUCGUCGCUCAAUUACAAUUCGAACUCCAAGCUUCUGGAAGUUCCAGGAUGCUCAGAGGAUGUGGAGAUGAAUAUUCAGCAGAUCAACAAGCUAACGCAGGAUCUGGUAGCCGAAAAUAACCCUAAUUUCACACCACAACCACACGACGACUCUACUUCAAUGAUCAAGAAACUUUUCGAGAGUGGCUUGAAGAAUCUCCAACAGCAGAAAAUGGCAGAAGCUUUGAAAUCCAUCAAUUUGGCUAUAGAAAUGGCCCAGCGCAAGAGAGCCCCAUGGGAAGCCUUUGCCGUACAACUACAAGAACUGCAAUUCAUGCUAAAGAAUAGAGUCGAUCUCAGCCUGAUACAGGGUAAAUUUAUGGACGGCCUGCAAGAUCUAGAUUUUCUACAAAAUACGGGUCUCAACUCAUCUGAUGUCUUCAUUCGCAAAACAGACGCACUCAUGAAGUUGAAACAGUAUGAACUGGCUCGCUCAGAGGUUGAACGCGGUCUAAGUCUCGAUCCCACGAACAUCAAGCUCAAGUCAUUGCACAUCGAAAACUCUCGCAGACUCGCCGAGUAUAAUGGAGAUAUCUGA